CAUCACCUGUUCUUUUUCUGUGAUUUGCUUCAAUACUCACCUCAUUCUCUCCAAACACACCUUUAUAUAAAUCUCUAUUUUAUCUACUUCACUUUCUCUUUCACCAAGGAAGUUUAAUUUGCUCAACUAUUUUACGUUCACUAUUUACUUAUUGUUACAAUUUACAAAGUACCUACGUAAAAAAAAAAAACAACAACUAGGUGAGAUUGAUUGAAGAAACUAGUUACAAGUACAAGAUCAGAAGAAGAAAACCAUUACAACAAAGAAGAAGAAAGAAGAUAAUGAAGAGAUUAACUGCUCUAGGAGUUUUUCUCAUUGUUCUCCUCGUCUUGCCUCAUAUCACCUUUUCUAGACACAUUAAUAGAGCUCGUUCUUAUCGCAACGCUCAUAGAGUCACACAAGGAAGAAUGAGAGGCAAGAUGAGCCCAAGAGGUAGACCCGCAGUGAAGGCAAAAGGGUCAGGACCCGAUACCGUCGAAAUAGCGGGUUCAAGCUUACCUGAUUGUUCCCAUGCUUGUGGCUCAUGCUCACCAUGUAGGCUAGUUAUGGUUAGCUUUGUAUGUGCAUCUAUUGAAGAAGCCGAGACUUGUCCUAUGGCUUAUAAAUGUAUGUGUAAAAAUAAGUCUUAUCCUGUUCCUUGAAUUAAUCCUUUUUUUUUUUGGUUUAUUACAAGGAUUAAGUCCAAAUCUUGUCAAGUAUUAGCUACUAUAUUAUGUAACAUAGUUUCCAUUUCUUUUGUUUCAUUGAUGAUCUCGCUUUCAAUUGGUCAUGGUUAUGUCCAAAUUUUGUGUUUAACUUGUAAGGGCAUUACAGUGUAUAUGUAACCAAAGAGUUCUUAUAUACUAAAUUCGUUUCAUAUAAUUUGACCUUUUAA